AUGUUUAUAAACCCGAGCUCGGGUACAACUUUGCCUCAUCUCUCCCUUCCCAUGUCGACCCCUAACAGCAUUGAAGAAAAAGCAAGCAACCUGGAAGAACACAAUGAGAGCUGUUCCAUUCACGAAGGACUCGACUCGGAUGAGGUCUUCAAACAGACGAAGGAUGGAGUGAAUUUCAGGACUGUUGGAUGGCCUCGCGCUUCAUUUAUCUUUCUAAAAGUACUAUUCGCCACCGGCGUUCUGGCGAUACCUAGCACGAUGGCUACGCUAGGAACGAUCGGAGGCGCACUGUCCCUCGUUGGGUGGGGCGCCUUGAAUACGUACACGGCUUUCAUCCAAGGGAGCUUUAGGAACAACCAUCGACAAUGUCAUACCAUCGUUGACAUGGCUUAUCUCGUCGGUGGACCGAUAUUGAGGGAAGCAACGAGUUUCAUCUAUCUCAUAGCCUACAUCUUUUGUGCCGGAGUAGGUAUCUUAGGUGUUUCCAUCGCACUGAACGCACUUUCGGACCAUGCUAUCUGUUCCGUCUGGUUCUCCCUCGUUUCGACAGUAUUUAUAGUCGCGACGGCUAGUAUACGGAAGUUUCACGAUAUUGCUUGGUUAACGUGGGCGGGGUUCGUUUCUAUAUUCGUCGCUGUGUUGAUCAUUGUCAUUGCAGUAACAACCCUAGAUCGCCCAGCAGCAGCUCCGCAAACUGGAGAUUUCGACCUCGGAUAUUACGCUAUCCUAUUCCCCGACUUCGCUUCUGGAAUGGUCGCCACAUGCGCCAUAUUCAUUUCGACAGCUGGCACGUCGGCGUUUAUUCCUGUCAUCGCGGAGAUGCGUCGACCGAAAGACUACAAUAAAGCUCUAUUCUGUGCAAUGGGUUUCGUCACAACUUCGUAUCUAUGUUUUAGCCUCGUCGUCUAUCGGUGGUGUGGGAAGUGGGUGGCUAGUCCUUCACUUGGGAGUGCGGGCCCUGUUAUUGAGAAAAUAUCGUAUGGUAUAGCUUUGAUCGGCUUAGUCGCCAGCGGUUGUCUAUAUCUUCAUGUUGCUGCAAAAUACCUAUUCGUCCGAUUCCUUCGAAACUCUCGACACCUUCAAUCAAACACUGUAAUACAUUGGGCGACAUGGCUGGGAUGUACGAUUUCGCUCGGAGCAAUUUCAUUCAUCCUGGUAUCUGCUGUCCCGAUUUUCACCUAUCUCAUCUCCCUCUGUGGAGCUUUAUGCUUCGCCCCGUUAGCCAUUAUGCUCCCUGCCUGUUUUUGGCUAUACGAUCACCAGAAUUAUUGGAAAGGGACUAAGCGACAAGUUGUGAUAUACAUUUUACAUCUGAUACUGUUCAUUCUUGGUACGUUCGUCUGCAUAGGCGGAACGUAUGGUGCUGUUCAGCAAAUUGUGAACGCGUUUCGGAGUGGGGCUAUUGGGUCCGCGUUUUCGUGUGAUGGAUGA